AUGGGCUUCUUGACACCUAACAGAGGAGCACUGGGUGGAACCAAGAUUCCUCUAUCAAUCAUCGUUCUUGUUCUAUGUGGUUUUAUGUUCUUUGUUCUCUUAUACACCGAAAGAAUCAGCUUGAUGUCUUCCUCCUCUUCAAAUUUCCUCAGGUCAAAGUCUUGUCCGAGGAAAAACAUCAGCUCGAAACCUAAGGAGAAAGUUCGAGAGGAGAGAUCAGAAAAGAUGGAUGUUCUGGACGACAGGUUCGAAUUCGAUCCAGAAGAGUGUAAUGUUGCAGCAGGGAAAUGGGUUUACAAUAGCUCAGCGGAGCCACUCUACACGGAUGAAUCAUGUCCAUACAUCGACCGUCAAUUCUCUUGCAUGAAAAACGGAAGACCAGAAACUGAUUAUCUUCGGUGGGAAUGGCAGCCUGAUGACUGCACUAUCCCACGAUUUAAUCCGAAGUUAGCAAUGAACAAACUCAGAGGAAAAAGAUUGCUUUUUGUCGGAGAUUCUUUGCAACGAAGUCAAUGGGAGUCGUUCGUGUGUUUGGUGGAAUCAAUAAUACCCGAAGGAGAAAAAUCAAUGAAGCGUAGCAAAAAAUACUUUGUCUUCAAAGCAAAGGAAUACAAUGCGAGUAUAGAGUUUUACUGGGCACCGUUUAUCGUGGAAUCGAACACGGAUUUGCCUGUGAUUUUGGAUAUGAAGAAGAGGGUAGUAAAAGUGGAUUCAGUGGAAGAUCGAUCAAAGUAUUGGGAAGGAGCUGAUAUUCUAGUUUUCAACACAUAUGUUUGGUGGAUGAGUGGACUCAGAAUGAAAGCUUUGUGGGGUUCAUUUGGAAAUGGAGAGAGAGGUGCGGAGGCAUUAGACACACCAGUGGCUUACAGGUUAGGGCUCAAGACAUGGGCUAAUUGGGUUGACUCUACCGUUGACUCUAACAAGACCAAAGUCUUCUUCACUACCAUGUCCCCUACUCAUACUAGAAGUGCGGAUUGGGGGAAGCCAAACGGGACGAAGUGUUUCAACGAGACAGAGCCAGUAAAAGAUAAGAGGUUUUGGGGAACAGGGUCGAACAAGCAGAUGAUGAAAGUGGUGUCAAGCGUGGUGAAGCACAUGGCCACGCACGUGACUGUCAUUAACAUCACGCAGCUCUCGGAGUACCGCAUCGACGCACACACAUCGGUCUACACGGAGACAGGGGGAAAGGUGCUAACGGCUGAGCAGAGAGCUGAUCCAAUGGGUAACGCUGAUUGCAUACAUUGGUGCCUCCCUGGAUUGCCCGAUACGUGGAAUCGUAUCCUAUUGGCUCAUUUGUAAAAAAAGAUAAAAAAAAAAAAAAGCUAGGAAACAUGCAUGUACACGUACGUACUAAGGAUGGAUGAAACGGGAAAACCCAAGUCCUCUCCCA